AGUUUUGGAGCCUUUGCAACCCUUGAACCGACACCCAUAGAGCACUACUAUAGCUACUAGCUAGCAAUCAAUCAAGUAAGUAAGUGAUAGAAACAGUAUCAAGAAUCAUGAUGAAACCAAAUGACGAUGACGAUGCCAGGAGUGAGACCACGUUGAGUUCCGUGAGGGAGGAGUCUCGAGAUGAAAAAGGCGAGAUUGAGAAGAAGAACCAAAAGGAGAAUGCUCGUGUGCAGAAAUGGCGCCUCGCGGUCACGGCAAUGGUGCUUGCCACGGCUGCCGCAGUCACCUCCAUCACUUACAUCCUUCUUGACCAGGCUGAAACAAAGACCUUUCACACCGCCUACAAUCAGUUCAGCCAGACCAUUGGCGACGCCGCUCUCCAGUACCACGAUGGGUUGCGCAAGAGUUUGGAGAUUCUCUCAGUUACCAUCUCUACCGGGGCAUCUGAAUCUGCGGAUUCCUGGCCCACGUAUCACUAUCCCGAGUUUGCUCCCUUCGCCAAGCAGUUGCUCAACUUGAGCCGCGGUGAGAUCUUUUCAAGCUUCAACUAUGUCCCCAAGGAAGAGCGUACCGGGUUUGAGGAGUGGGUCAGCUACAACUAUCAGGAUUGGAUUGCCCAUGAUCACAUGCGCGUCUACGGGAACCUGGAUCGGCUGGACCAAAACACCUCCAAGUUCUUGGGGACCAUUUCGCGUUCCAACCCAGAAAACAAACGCGAGCGCAUCCCAGAAGUGGAAAAAGACCACUACUACGUCCGUGUGCAGAGUCAACCUCCCUUCUCAGCCUACUACCCCAUGUUCCUCUGGAACAUGGGCGUGCUCGAAGGCGCUGAUGCCAUUCACCAUUUCAAGCGUGGUCAGUACUUUGUCACACCCUUUACCUUCCUCCCCAUGAUGGAUCGAAACGAUCACAAAUCCUACCAUUCCAAAGAUCAAGACGGCACGGAUAAUCCUCACUCGAUUCUCUGGCUUCCGGUCCAUCGUGAACCUGGCAACUACUCCUCCGACAUGGUCGCGGGCGUGGACCUCAUUUUUGCGUGGGAUGCCUCCAUGCGUUUCCUCCUUCCCGAUGACGUUCAUGGAAUCAAGGCGGUGAUCCGAAACGACUGUGACAACGUGUGCACCUACCGUAUCGACGGACCGGAUGCACUCUUUGAAGAUCUCCAAGACCUGCACGACCCCCAAUACGACGAGUAUCGCAGAGAUGUGACCUUGGUGUCCUACCCCGAGGGUGCCUUUGAGGAUGACAGUGGAUAUCAUUACAACAACUGCGCCUACACCAUGUCUAUUUACCCAACGAAAGACUUUGAAUCCAUGUACAAGACAAACCAACCUGCGGUUGUGGCCACGGUUGUUGCUUGUACGUUUGUCUUGGUUGCCAUUUGCUUUUACAUCUACGAUUGGUUCGUCCAUGACAGGCAGACAAAGAUGGUGGAGUCGGCUGCGCACACAAAUGCCAUUGUGACGUCUCUCUUUCCAGGAGAGUGUCGGGAUCGCAUGUUGGACGGCGGAGGUGACGGUAAAGAUGGUCUUUCAAGUUUCCUCAGCCUUAAAGAUGCCUCCACCAGCGGUGAUACCAGCUCGAAGCCUUUGGCAGACCUAUACCUUGACACUACAGUGCUGUACGCCGAUAUUUGCGGCUUUACUGCUUGGUCUUCUGUCCGCGAACCGUUUCAAGUGUUCACGUUGCUAGAGACCGUUUAUGCUGGGUUUGAUUCUCGUGCGAAGAUCCGUAGAGUUUGCAAAGUAGAAAGUGUGGGCGAUUGCUAUGUCGCGGUGUCUGGCCUGCCCGUGCCCAGCAGAGAUCACUCUACUAGGAUGUCUAGAUACGCGAAUGAUAUCAUUCAGCUGUUUGGUGCGGCUGUCAAGAACUUGGAAACAACGCUUGGACCUGGGACAGGAGAACUUGCACUCAGGGUCGGGAUGCAUAGUGGUCCUGUUACUGCUGGAGUGCUCCGUGGAGAUCGUGCAAGGUUUCAGCUGUUUGGUCCGACCGUCAAUCAGGCAUCGCGCAUUGAACAUGCCGGGCAAAGCGGUCGAAUCCUCGUCUCGAAGCAAACCGCUGACCUUAUCGCUUCGACGGGUAAGGGGCACUGGUUGGAGGCACGCGAAGCUGUCGAUCUCAAAGGUAUUGGAACAAUCAAAACAUUUUGGGUCAACGUUUCACGCAACAAAGAUGACGAAGGAUCUACCAGGGACUAUGAAACGGAAGCGUCGAUUCUCAGUAGCGAAGAAAUGAUAAUUGACGAUACGGCUCGUUUGAUCAGCUGGAACGUAGAAACCUUGAUCAAUCUCUUGAAAGUGGUUGUUGCCAGGAGGUCAGCUACUUGCCCCAAACGAACACCAGUCGACCUUCGCGCCGCGGCCUCUGAAGGUUUGCCGCUAGACGAGGUCUGCGAGAUCAUUCAUCUUCCAGAACCCGGCGAAAAGACUGUUACCUGGCAGCAACCGAAUGAUGUUGUUAUUGACAGUGCUGUGGUGGAUCAGAUGCGAGAAUACGUGAGCUGCAUUGCCAAACUGUACCACGACAACCCGUUCCAUUGCUUCGACCAUGCCAGUCAUGUUGUAAUGAGUGUGAACAAGCUUCUAAGCCGCAUCACCACGUGCGAUUCCAACUACGGUAUCAACUCGGACCCUCUGACCCAGUUGGCUUGCGCCUUCUCAGCCUUGAUCCAUGACGUUGACCACAAUGGAGUGUCAAAUGCAGUCCUGGUAGAAGAGGGCACAGAAUUGGCCGCUAAGUACAUGGGCCGAUCGGUCGCCGAGCAGAACUCUCUCGACCUUGCAUACUCCUUAUUGGAAGAGCCUCGUUUCGAGGAGCUUCGUCAGGCAAUGUUUGUGAACCAAGAGGAAGCGAGAAGGUUCAGGGCACUCGUUGUCAACUCUGUCAUGGCAACCGACAUUGUGGAUAAGGAUCUAAAAGCACUUCGAAAUGGGAGGUGGGCCAAGGCCUUCGGAGAGCAAGCAUUUACGGAGUCUCCCAAGGACGCUGUCGACAGGAAGGCAACGAUUGUGAUUGAGCACAUCAUCCAAGCAUCUGAUAUUUCGCAUACAAUGCAACACUGGCACAUCUACCGCAAGUGGAACGAGCGUCUCUUCGAAGAGCUGUACGUCGCCCACAUUAAUGGCCGGUCACAGACGAACCCGGCGACCUUUUGGGCUAAGGGUGAGAUCGGAUUCUUUGAUUUCUACAUCAUACCUCUGGCGAAGAAACUGCAAGAUUGUGGAGUCUUUGGUGUCAGUUCUGGGGAAUUCCUGUCCUAUGCACACGCAAACAGGGCCGAGUGGGAGAGCAAAGGUGAAGCUAUUGUCGAGGAGUAUGUGGCCAAGUUCAGUGCCAAGUAUGCCUCGUGUGAAGUCUAGCUGGUCCCAGACUCUUAUCCCUUAGUCAUACUGUUUAUUCAUUGCUAUGCCACUUUCCCCUUACAUUGAGCCCCACCAUCAAUGUGGUACAAGUAGGACCGGUACGGAAGCUGUCGCUUCUUCCUUCAUCCCUACUAGAGCUGGAAC